AUGGGCGGGGCGCGACGUCUGCGCUCCGGCUUCCUAGCUGCAAGUCCCAAUAUUCCAUCCCUCCCUCGGCCCGGGCUGAGAGGGCUCGAUUAACCCUUCCUGAUCCCUGCAGGGACUUCCUGCGAGUCUCCUGGGGGAAACUGAGGCUAAGGUCUUGGGGAGCACCCGGGCGGCUGGAGCUGGGCUAGUUCUGGCACGGGUGUUGCCUGCCCGCCCGCCCCUCGCAUUUCGGGCCUCAGGGUUCCCCUUCCGAGGCUCUCGGUCUUCGGGGAAAGACCCUUUCCCCACAUUCACUAUACUCCCGGGCCAAUCAGUGACCGAGCUCGCCACGGCCCGCCCCCAGCCCUGCGGGGAGGCUGAGGUCUGCCCCCCGUAGGAUUUCCACUGCCCACGCCUCCGGCCUGGCGCCAGUAGUCUUGCCUCCCUUCCCCACCUCCCACCCCCACGCCUCCGGUGCGAUCCCCGGCUUCCCUGCUCACCCUCCACACCCAGUGCCGUCCCCUGCCCAGAGGCUGUGCCGGGUUCGGGACCUCGGGAGGUGUCCGUUGGCUCCUUUACGCACCUCCGGGAGAUGGGGGGAAGGCAGGCACAAUUAAGAAGGGAUUCUGUGACCUGGAUCUCCUGACGACAACAAGCCCAGGAUUCUUUGUAGGAUCCCCCGGUUUGUGCGUUAUCUCAAUGUGCCAGCGUGUAUCGAUCGAUAAGCAUGUUUACCAUGUGCCAAAUUCUGGGCUAGAACCCGGAGACGAGUCCACUGGUCGUUGAUAUGGGGCAGGGGAACUCUGCCGCUCUCGGGCGGCAUCUCCUUAAGCAGACUCGCAGAUCAAAGACAAAAACGAAACGAUCCUUUCCUUUCAGCAGCUGCCUUUGAUUCUUUCAGGGGAAAUGACAUGUGCACGUAUGAGCUUUUACAAAACCCGUACAAAUACAAGAAAUACAAGGCCAUGGGGGAAGCUGGAGGAGAAAGGAGACUUCGCAGAUAAAAGACAAAAAUGAAACGAUCCUUUAAGCAGCUGCCUUUGACUCUCUCAGGGGGAAUGAUAUGUACACGUAUGAGCUUUUACAAAACCGUUUUAUACGAUACGUACGAGCUAUACAAAACCUAUACCUGUACAUUAAAUACAAGGCAAUGGGGGAAGCUGGAAACUGGAGGAUCAUGAAAGGCCUCAGGAGGGGGGGGGGGGGGAACUUUGCACUGGGUUUGAGUUCCAUGUGGAAGAGGGGAGAAGAGAGUGCGUUCCAGACGUGGGGGACAGCACGGAGACAGGAGGUAGUAUGUCGGGAGAUGUAAAUGUGUGAGUAGUAGCGAGAAUAUGAGUUUUGAGUAAAGGGGAAGAAUGUGCAAAUGAGUCCGGAAAGCCGGGCUCCAGUCGAACUGGGAAGUCUCUGAAUGCCGAGCUGAAUUUGGCAGCAUCGGUGAGUGUCUGUGUGUAUCCGCAUGUGGUUGGUGUGCAUCAGUAUGUGGUCAGUGUGAGGUGUCCGCCUUGGGUGCGCGUGUGCGCGGACACGUCCCCGGACUGACCUUCCCCAGAGCCCCUGGGUUUCCCCGGCCUCAGACUCUCCUCCCCCUCCCCCCGCCCCCGGGGCCGCCCAGCCCGGCUUUUUAACCCUUGCCUCGCGCUCUCUUCUCAGCUCGGCAACAUUCUGGGUCCGGGGUCUCUGGGCAGUGCAGAGUUAAGAACGAAAGGUUGACGUCACAGCGGGGGCUGGCCGGAGCGCGCGGCCGAAGGAGGGACGGGGGAGGGGGGCGCGUGGCCGAGUUCGGCUACCCCGUUGUGCGGCGCGCGCCCCCCCCCCUCCCCUGCCGGGAUCCUCUUUGCUAGGCGCUGCCCAACCCCGAGCGCCACACGGGAGGAGGCGGUGGGAGGCGGGAGGCGGGGGGCGGGGGGGCGGGAGGGGGGAAAGAGUCCCGAGCAUGCGCCCCCAGCCCGGAGCCCCCGGCCCGGAGCGCAGCGCUGCGCGGCUGCCCGCGGCUCCUCCGGCCCGAGCCGCGAGCCAUGUCCCCGCCGCGCUCCGGGGCCCCCAGCAGCUGCUGCGAGCGCCGCCGCCGCUCGGGGAGGAGGAGGCGGAGGGGGCGGAGGCGAAGGCGCAGAAGGCGUGAGUCCCGCGCUCCGGCCCGGGCGCCACUAUGAACCUGCCGCCGGGCAGCGGGGGUGGCCCCCCGACCCUGCUGCGCCUCGGCAGCGGCGGCGGCGGCGGCGCCCACCUCCUCGGCUCGCCCUGCGCGGUCAACCGGCCCAUUGACAUCGUGGGGAAGCGCCGACGCUUCGACCUUGAGAAUGGCCUGUCUUCAGGAAGGAGCCCGCUGGAUCCACAGACCAGUCCCAGCUCGGGCCUCAUCAUCCAGGGCAACUUCCCCCACAGUCAGAGGCGGGAGUCCUUCCUCUACCGCUCGGACAGCGACUAUGACCUCUCCCCCAAGGCUAUGUCCCGGAACUCAUCAAUUGCCAGCGACCUACAUGGAGAAGACAUGAUUGUGACCCCAUUUGCCCAGGUCUUGGCCAGCCUUCGGACGGUCAGGAGCAACUUCGCCGUGCUGACCCGCCUCCAGGACCGCGUGGCCAAGAGAGUGUCAAACAGCAACCCUGCUUCUGGCUGCCGGGCCCCGCCGCUGCCAGAGGAUGCCGGCCAGAAGCUGGCCAUGGAGACCCUGGAGGAGCUGGACUGGUGCUUGGACCAGCUGGAGACCCUGCAGACCCGGCACUCCGUCAGCGAGAUGGCCUCCAACAAAUUCAAGCGGAUGCUUAACCGGGAGCUGACUCACCUGUCAGAGACCAGCCGCUCUGGAAACCAGGUGUCCGAGUACAUCUCCCAGACCUUUCUGGAUAAGCAGAACGAGGUGGAGCUCGCUCCUCUGCCGGUCAAGGAGGAAGAGGAGGAGAAGGAGGCAGAGGAGGGGCCCAUGUCCCAGAUCAGUGGCCUCCGUAAGCUGACCCACAGCUCCAGCUUCACCGCGGCCGCCGUCCCAAAAUUCGGCGUCAAGUCUGACCAGGAGCUGCUGCUGGCAAAGGAGCUGAAAGACACAAACCGGUGGGGUCUGGACGUGUUCAAGGUGGCUGAGCUCUCCGGGAACCGCCCGCUGACGGCCAUCAUGUACAGCAUCUUUCAGGAGCGGGACCUGCUAAAAACCUUCCAAAUCCCACCGGACACCCUGGUCACCUACCUGCUGACGCUGGAGGACCAUUACCACUCUGAUGUGGCCUAUCACAACAGCAUCCACGCGGCAGAUGUGGCCCAGUCCACCCACGUGCUCCUGUUGACGCCAGCGCUUGAGGCUGUCUUCACCGACCUGGAAAUCCUGGCCGCCAUCUUCGCCAGCGCCAUCCAUGACGUGGAUCACCCCGGGGUCUCCAACCAGUUUCUGAUCAACACCAACUCGGAGCUGGCCCUCAUGUACAACGACGCCUCCGUCCUGGAGAACCACCACUUGGCGGUGGGCUUCAAGCUGCUCCAGGAGGAGAACUGUGACAUCUUCCAGAACCUGAGCGUCAAGCAGCGGCAGAGCCUGCGCAAGAUGGUCAUCGACAUGGUGCUGGCCACAGACAUGUCCAAACACAUGAACUUGCUGGGCGACCUGAAGACCAUGGUGGAAACGAAGAAGGUGACGAGCCUGGGUGUGCUGUUGCUGGACAACUACUCCGACCGGAUCCAGGUCCUACAGAACAUGGUGCACUGUGCUGACCUCAGCAACCCCACCAAGCCCCUGGAGCUGUACCGCCAGUGGACGGACAGGAUCAUGGUGGAGUUCUUCCAGCAGGGAGACCGGGAGCGGGAGAAGGGCAUCGAGAUCAGCCCCAUGUGCGAUAAGCACACGGCCUCCGUGGAGAAGUCCCAGGUGGGAUUCAUCGACUACAUCGCCCACCCGCUGUGGGAGACCUGGGCAGACCUGGUGCACCCCGACGCCCAGGAGAUCCUGGACACGCUGGAGGACAACCGGGAGUGGUAUCAGAGCAUGAUCCCCCGGAGCCCUGACGGCAGCCAUGAGGCUGUCCUGGCCAAGGCUGCUGACAAGUUCCAGUUUGAGCUGACGCUGGAGGAGGAGGGGGAGCUGGAAGAGGAAGAGGGGGAGCCCGGGAGCCAGGCCGAGGAAGGGCAGGAAGAGAACAGCGGCAGCGACCCCAAGACCCUGGCCAUGGAGGACUCGGAAUCGGCGGAGGUGGACCCGCUGUCUCUGGAAGAGGAGGCCAGUCCCGAGGGGGAGGGGGGGCGGCCCGUGCCUCUGGAUAACGAGCGGACGCUGUCCCAGGCCCAGGUCGGGAGCCUGCAGGAGGAGGUGGAUCAGGAAGGCAACCUUCCCUGCUACCCCCUGGGAACGUAACAGCCGUGGCUGCCCUCUUCCCUCCGGCCUGGAGCCGCUUCUCGGACUUGGGGUGGGGUGGGAGGAAUUACAUUUAAAAAUCCCCCUCCCAGCUCUCCCCUCUCCCUGCUCUGACUCCCCAAGCCCCUGAUUGACACAAAAACCCCAGUGGGCCCAGAGGAGGGGCUCGGUCUGGACCCAGCACCCCGACAGCCCCCCAGAGAGGGGGGAAAUGGAGGGGAGAAGGGAGGCAGCGCCGGGGGGGAGCAAAUGGCCUCAAGAAUGGGGAGAGAAACUGAGAGAAGCGAAGAGUGGCUUUCUAACAGCCUCCAGCUGACUUAAAAGGAAGCCGUGCUCCCUGCCCAGUGGCGGCCUCCCAACAGGCAGAGGCUCCAAGGGAGGCUCUGGGAGAGGGGAAGCUGGCUGUCCUCCCAGGGACGGCGGGUGUUUGUCGCCUGUGCCCUCAGCAGAGGCAGGGAGGGUCACUGAGGGCCUUUGAGCCCUCACUGAGUUCUCACGGCGGCUCCGUAGUUUGGCCCUCGCCCUCCCUGCCGACACUGGCUAGCUGAGAGAGCUCCCUGUGGGCAGGACCUUGUCCCCUCCCUCAGUGCACGAGGAACCCGGCCCCUCCUGACCUCCCCCACCUCACAGUUUGGAAGCUCUCAAAGGCGAGAAAAAUGUCUGCUGAAGAAGUGGGGGCCGGGGGGUUGGGGAGAGGAGGAAGGAGGAAGUCCCUGUUCUAGGACUGGUCGGUGGUGAGGUUGGCUGUAGUGAGCCCUCCGUCACUGGAGGCCAUAUGGCCGAUGGGGAGGUUAUAGGGGGCAUUUGGGCAGGAGCCCCCCGGGGACUAGAGACCCCUGAAUCCCGUCUGCUUCUGAGAUGUUGGGGGUCCGGGGCCCAGACCAGCACCUCCCACUUUCCAUAGUAUUCUCACCUCCAGCCUUCUGCUGCCCCAGCCUAAGUAGAGAAGAGGGGAGGGGAGAAAAGAGACAGCAGGCAGAAACUCCAGGCUCCCCCAUUUCCCUGCCGCGCCCUGUGGUGCGCCGUGGUGUAGCACCUUGGACACUGCCAUUUAAUUUAUUUUAACACUGGCUCACGUGUUUUUAAGAUUUUUUUGUAGCUCACUUUUUUUUUUUUUUUUUAAAGUAAAGACUUGGUCUCUCUCACACACACAUAUACAACUCCGGGCCUGCUCUCCUGGAAAGAUCCAGGUCCUGAGGGGCUGAUUGCUCAGACUGGCCCUUCUCCAGCACUGAGGGGGGAGGGUUGCUUGCUCCACUGGGGUGCAGUGGGCUGGGGGGCAAGUUAGGAGGCCCUGGCUCUGCCCCUGCCUCACUGUGUAUCUUGGGCAAGCCAUUUCCUCCCUGCUAGCCUCAAUUUCCCCAAACAUAAAAUUGGGGAGGGCAGGUUGAACUAGAUUUUCAAAUUUUCUCUUGCCUCGGACAUGUUCCAAGAUCCCUCCCAGCUCUGACUCCCUGUGUUCUAAGGGC